AUGCGCACCUCGUUCAUGAUCCUCGCGUCCGCUCUCGUCUCGACCGUGGCCGCGGCGGGACCACUCUCGUGAGUUCGGGGAUAGCGCUUCUGACUCACAGGGGCAAAAGUUGACGCUCACUCUGCUUCAUCUGUUUCUUCGCUACGGCAGGCCCGCUGCUCAAGAGAAGUGUACUCGCCUUACAAAGUACUGUAGGUGAGUACAUAAAAUCCAACCACCUACCUCCUAAAGCUUUUCGUCAUAUUGCGUUUCGAGCUGUCCAGGGCUAACGGACGUCUCACUGCCAUUCAUUUUAUUCUCCGGCUCGCAGGAACUGUUCGCCGGACUGCAGCAAGCAUUGGCGACAGAACGGAUAUGAUAGGUAAGUCAAAAUACCAGGCCAAAUCAGUCAUCACCACCAUCAAUCUACUAUGCAUGAAUGUCAGACCGUACACCCUCUCCGAACCUCGGCGGAGCCCUUACGUGUCCGAUUCCUUUCGUUGGCAGUUCCAAAGCCUGUCAAACGACCGAAUGCUGGGCUGCGGACCAGAUCCAAGGGACGAACGCGACUACCCAAAGUUCAACGGGUUGGUGCACCAAGGUUUUCGAUGCGGUGACUUGUUUGGCCGGUUGCAAGGAGGAUCAGAGGUGAGCCAGGUCUCGCUCGACCCCCCCGAGGGGUGUUUCACAUCGUUGCUGAACAGUAGAUGCUUUUUUUUUACUUUGUCAGCUGCGAAAAGUGCUGUGAUUCGGCGGGAGACCCCCGUAAGACUUGA